AUGAUGGUGACAACCCAAAGGACACAGUCCUUUGCACUAGCCAAAGCAACUACAGCAGCAUACUGGAGACUCCAGGCCAGACACAACCCUGGGGAGAGUGUGGCUGCAGUGGGUGCUUGGAGCUUCUCAGAGGUUGAGGGUGACCAUGGACUCACCUGCACUGGUCAGGACACUGAGCUGCCAGGUGAAGCAGGCUGGAUGGCAUCAGGAGUGUCAACAGGAAAGCAAAGGCAUAUAAAUCUGGUGGUUUCUAUUAGCUUAUGUGAUGAAAAGCUCAGCUCCACAGUUCGAAAGGAGGACAGAGGAGCAAGCUGUGCUCCCACCAGCCACCUUGCCUACAGCAGCAAGGAGAAAUUACUUUUGUCUGAACAUGGUCCAGGAAAAGGUCAUGUUGGCACCCCUGUGGCACCAACCUGCAUCUCCCAAGGCAUGUUCACAGGUGUGCUAGAGUCUUCACAGGUCCCUCUGGCUAAGCUGCUUAAUGUUUCUGUGUGCCACAUCCUCAACAGUAAAAUUGGGCGAAUGGACCUGCUGCAAGAUGGCAGUUUGUCAGACCCUACAGAUCAUGAAGUUAAUUACAUCUCCAAGCACUGCAAGUGCCUGGAUCUGGACUUCAUCUGCCCCACUUUUGCAGAUUAUCUGUCUGUCUCCCUCUGUGAAAAUCAGACAGACUCUUACACCACAGAUUAUUUCAAUUAUCCAGAUCCUUAUCAAAUCGUACAACUUUGUUCUAAGUUGGAAGUCAGGAACUUUACAAAAGUAUUUCUGCCCGUUGCAUAUUCAUUGAUUUGUAUCAUCGGCCUCAUUGGUAACACCUUUGUAGUGAUGACCUUUGCUUUGUAUGAAAGAUCCAAGUCCAUGACAGAUGUGUACCUCUUCAACAUGGCCAUAGCAGACAUACUCUUUGUUCUCACUCUUCCUCUGUGGGCAGUGAAUUACGCUGCUGACGAAUGGAUUUUUGGUGAUUUCAUUUGCAAAAUGACCAGAGGUAUCUAUGCAAUCAACUUCAGCUGUGGCAUGCUGCUUUUGGCCUUUAUCAGUGUGGACCGGUACAUUGCUAUCGUACAGGCAACAAAGUCAUUUAAACUCAGGGCAAGAACAUUCGCAUAUAGUAAACUCAUUUGUUUGGCUGUGUGGGUAUCGUCGAUUUUAAUCUCUAGUUCCUCUUUUCUAUACAGUGCAAGUUACAGCUUGUCCAAUGAAACCAAAGAGAUUUGUGAUCAAAGAUUUGACAGAAUGUCUGAAAGCACAAUGCUGAAAUCACUGCUGCUGUGGCUGCAAGUUGGAUUUGGAUUUUUUAUACCUUUCAUAUUCAUGAUUUUUUGCUAUACCUUCAUUGUCAAAUCCUUACAACAAGCUCAGAAUUCCAAAAGAAACAAAGCAAUUCGUGUGAUUGUCUUAAUUGUGGCUGUUUUCCUAGUUUGUCAGGUACCUUAUAACAUUGUUCUUCUUGUGACAGCUGUAAACAUGGGCAAGAUAGACAAGUCUUGUCACAAUGACAAUAUAAUGGCUUAUGCAAGAUACACUACUGAAGCCAUAGCAUUUUUACACUGUUGUGUGAACCCUGUGCUCUAUGCUUUUAUUGGAGUGAAGUUCAGAAGUUAUUUUGUGAAGCUAAUGAAGGACCUAUGGUGCAUGAGAUACAAGAAAUACAAUAAGCGUAGUUCAAGGACAAACUCUGAUACUUAUCAUUCAAGACCGACUAGUGAAAUUGUGACUGACAAUGGGUCUUCUUUUACUAUAUAA